AUGUUGUAUGCAAAUCAAUCUUUGAUCAAUGUCACUGCUGGACAAAUGUUUCAGGGCAUUCUAGAGAGAGUAAUGCUUUCCACUCUGACUACUUUACCAUGCUGUGUGUUUCUCUUCGUUAACGGGGUCAUGUUAUUCACUUUGAGGAGUAAAACAGUAUUUCGUGAGACCUCUCGUUACAUUCUUCUGUUUAACCUUCUCUUUGCAGACACUGUACAGAUGGCACUGAGUCAGUUACUGUACCUACUGGCUGCUUGUAGAAUAGGACUGACAUAUCCUGUGUGUGGUGUUCUCAUCAUGCUUGCUGAUCUUACAAAUGAUAUCUCUCCUCUCACACUGGUGGUGAUGUCUCUGGAGAGAUAUGUAGCUGUGUGCUACCCACUGAGGCACUCUGCCAUCAUCACCAUCAGAAACACAGCAGUGGCUAUCAUUGUGGUUUGGAUCUUCAGUUCACUAAAUAUCCUCACUCGAGUUCUGUUACUGUUAGAUUUUCCUUUUGAAGAUCAGGAGAGUCUGCAGAUGAAAGAUUAUUGCGCCAAAAUAUCCAUGUUUCUAGACCCAAUGUCUGAGCAUUAUGACAAAGCAUACACUUAUUUUGUGUUUGUAUCAGCUGGUGUGGCAGUCACUUCUUCCUAUAUCGGUGUAAUGAUAGCAGCCAGGUCAGCCUCCACAGACAAAGCUUCAGCCCGGAAGUCUCGUAACACACUGCUGCUUCAUCUGGUGCAGCUGGGUCUCAGUCUUGUGUCAACUAUGCACAACUCAAUGCUCAUAGCUCUUUCGAGAAUUGUACCAAGGCUAGUAUUUGUGCGCUCCGCAACUGUUUUUUAUGUGUGUAUUUUCAUCUUCCCCAGAUGUCUGAGUUCUCUCAUUUAUGGCAUAAGAGAUCAUACCAUCAGACCUGUCCUCAUGUACCAUCUAUGUUGUCGACUGAAACUCUCAGUCGUCUCAGCCAAGGUCUCAUGUUAG